ACAUUUCCUUGAACGUUUUGGCUUGCUUGGUGGUUUCGUGUGACACUCUCGAUGUUCGGCUGCCUCACUGAUCCAGCUGGAACAGUAUUGACCUGGUUCACCUAUCCGCUGGUUAUUGCUGAAGGUCCUGCUGCAGUGGUAACCGCAUCUGGCCUCCCUGGUCGGCUAUUGAGAGGAGGGUAACGUCUGUGUGGCGGGUGGCCUGGUGGCCGAUCCGUAUCCAGCGGUAGCCGGCACUGAGUCAGCGGUGACCCCUCCAGCGGGGCGUCCCAGCUGCAGCGCUAUGGCCACGGUGCGCCGCCGGCCGGUGGUGGGCUCGCGUCCGCCCUCUGCCGGCAUCCGGCAACCGUUCACCCAGCCCGACAAUGUCAGCAUCAUCAAGUCGGACAGCUGGGGCGCCAGCAGCAAGCCGGAGGAGUUCAUAUACUACUCGGACAGCGAGGAUGAGGAUCAGGGGGCCGACACCAGGGAGCGCUACGACACCACAUCGCGCAGCUUCGUCGACUUCCACAUGACGCAGCAGAGCGGUCUGCAGCGGCUGAACCCGUGCACACUGGUCCGCGAGUACGCCACCAAACACCUGCUCAGCUACAGCAUGAUGCGAGAGCGGCUCAUCCCGAUGAACAACUACAACAAGGUGUUCUGCAGUUCGUGGCUGAGCGACAAUCAGGUGGUGUUUGGCACCAAGUGUAAUAAGAUCCUGGUGUACAACCUGCGCACGCGGCGGAUCGACAACAUCCCCAUGCUGCGCUCGUCUACUCCUCCGAGCGAGGUGACGGGCGGCGUGUACGCGCUCAGUUUGAACCCGUCCCGCACGCUGCUGGCCACCAGCGCGCGGCACAGUCUCGACCUGGCCGUGUACCGACUGCCCACACUGGACCCCGUCUGUGUCGGAGAGAACGGUCACAAGGACUGGAUGUACGACACGGCCUGGCUGGAUGACCAGUACGUGGCCACCGGCGGCCGCGACACCAACGUCUCGCUGUGGCGCGUGCCCGACGAGCAGCCCGACCCGGACCCGGAGGCGCCGCCCUCCUACAGCCGCGUCACCGCUGUGGCCACCAAAAAGUGCAAAACCGCCGACAAGGUCCGCUCGCUGGCGUACAACCAGCGUGACCAGUCUCUGGUGGCGCUCUCGCUGAACGCCUACGUGCACCUGUUCGACGCCGGCGCCUUCAAGCAGAAGCUGUCCAGGAAGCUGCCCCACUCGAUGGAUAACGUGUGCUUGGCGCUGGGCGACAACUGCAAAAUGUACGCUGUCGGCUCCAAGUCGCACACCACCAUCCUCGACUCCAAGUCGCUCAAAGUGCUCAAAAAGAUCACCGCUAAAUACCACGGCUGCGGGAUCCGGUCCCUGUCCUUUAACGGCGACAUCCUGACGAUCGGCACGGGCACGGCCGUGCUCAUGUUCUACGACCUGCGAGCCCAGAAGUACCUGGACUCGGGGGUCAGCUCGGGCCGCGCGGUCGUCCUCAAAGCAGCGUCAGGAUGGGCGUCGUCGCCGCGCGCUGACGAGCCGGCGUUCCACGACGCGGCGGCGGGCGGCGCGCACCAGGUCGACCACAUGCCGGCCAUCUACACCCACUGUUACGACGCGUCCGGCACGCGACUGUUCACCGCCGGCGGCCCGCUGAGCGUGGACGUGCGCGGCUGCUACGCCGGACUGUGGAUGUAGCCGCGUCGCCGCCGGGACUUGGUGCUGGGUGGAGUGGGUGGGUGCGUCCGGGUGAUAUGGUGAUGCAGUUGCAGAAGGAGUCGGCUGGUGCAGCGGACACUGUGGUAUGUGGUAUGUGUUACCACGGACCGACGCGGCGCCGGGCCAGCGCUGCAGUGGAGCUCGCCCCCCAGUCUCUGGCGAUGACUGACGCCGGUGGGGCUGUGAUCCGGCUACCGUCACUGCUACUCCGCUGCUGAUGGAGCCACUGAGGCAGGGCCGGUCGGCCCGACAGCCCGACGGACGCUCAACUGACUCCAGUGCCUGAGAACGGUCGGACGGGACUCGAGAGCGACCGGGAGCGCGCGCCCACUGACGCGUGCAUCAGUUACCUCAUCGGUGCGUUGGUGCCGCGGCCUCCCACCGAGCUCGUGCUGAGCUCACUGACCCGGCCCCCAGCGAGAGGCGAUCUCAUCGAAACCCAGACGGAGGUGCUGUCCUCCUGAUUGUGCCGCGUACAAAUGGUCGGCCUGGGUGGGUGGAUGGGGCUGUUUGUGCUGUUUUAAGCGCAUUCUAGCCGACAAUUUUAGCUGGUUUUAUCUCGACCUGUUUUAGCGAAAAGUAGCCUGUUUUGUCACGUUUGAUCCAAUUUGUCACCGGACACUAAUUUUUUUAAUAUUCACCUUUAUCUAUCAUGUAGCAUAUUUUCUAUGCUAUCUAGUUACAUGUAUCGUGUUCAUUUCUACUCGUUUUAAAUUAGCAAUUCAUGGGCGCUGUUGCCGUUACCGGUGAACUUACGAAGUUACGAUGUCUCAUCAACCGAAGCGAGCUUUGAAGAAGGCCGGUGCCUGGUAGCGAACUUUUGGAAUAAGACCCAGGCUUGAUCUAAUGGUAGGUAUCGUAUUUAUUUUUCGUCGCGAACCUCGUUUUCGCAUCAUAUUGCGUCGCGAGCUUGCUCGAUGGAGCUGCAGAAGCCCGUCUGUGCGAUGUAUCCGCUGGUCAUAUCGAGAAGUGUGCUUUGUGCCCGUUCAUGUGCUCUGCCCGUUCAUUGCCACCAAGAGUCGCGCGUGAUGACCCGACCGUUCCGACUGGGGUGACCAAGGUGCGACGAUUGAUAACCUUAGUACGUUGUUCCUUCGUUUAUCCCCGAGUGGGCAGUGGCUGGUGCCUGUGUAAGGUCGGAGAGAUCGCUGGGCGGUGGGUGCGUCUUUCAAUGCAGCUCGGGGGGGCGGGGCUUCAUAGUCGCAGAUGGACGUGUGUGUGCGUGGAAUAUGUGUGGACUAGGAUUGUACCUGUGUUAGAAACUUGGUGCCUGAUGCUUGACGUUUUGUACGUGUAAGUUUGCGCUUUUGAGCGUUUUCUGGCAGAUUUCGUUUUGGGAUAUCUGAAUUCCAGCCAGGUCGAACACCAUAGUUCUGCACCAUAGUUUGUUUUAAAGCAUUCAGUCGCCUAAUGACUUCAGUUCCGAGACAUCUCCGAGACAUGUGCACAGAUGACGUCAUUUUACGUGAUGCCUCGUGGUAUGUGGCUGAAGUGGUGAGCUGACACAUCCGAGACAAAAUUGGCUCAUACUUAGCUCAGGCCAGACACAGCCCGAGACAGACGUCCUAUAUAGCUAGUGAUUGGAAUUCGUCCGGUCGUUUGACAGCGACUGCAGGCUGAACCUCAGCUCGGAUACGCCGAAUUUUAAUCACCUCUGUUUUUUAAUGCCGUUAUGUCAAAUUGUGGGUGAACAGUAUCGGUUUGCUCGGAUCGGUUGUCAACAUCCGAUUUUUUAUUGUUACAAAUGACUGGAGCAUAUGAUCAUGCUCCAUCAAUACACUACACAUGUUUGUGGCAAAA